CCAACCAUCAUCUUCCAUUGAAGAAAUGCUCUCAAUCAUUUUUCUUUGGUUCCCUCACCCGCAUGCCCUCUCUCUCUCCUCCACUCUCUCUCUCUAUAUAUACACACACAACCCUCCCUCUAUAUCUCACACCACAACUCUCUUCCAUCUCUGAAACUCAAUCCUAUUCAUAUCAAUCAUCUCUAAUCUCUCUCCAUUUUCAAUGGCGGUUUCUGGGUUCGAAGGCUUCGAAAAGCGCUUAGAACUCCGAUUCUCCAGUGACAAUUCCGCCGGAAUGGGCCUCCGGCGGAUAAACUUCGAGUUGCUGGAGAAAGUGCUCCAUGCGGUGCAAUGCACCGUAGUAUCAGCUGUGGGGAACCACUACUUCGACUCUUAUGUGUUGUCUGAGUCGAGUCUAUUUGUGUACCCCAUGAAGAUCAUCAUCAAGACAUGUGGGACCACUCAGCUGUUGAAAUCUGUCCGUCCAUUGGUAGACUAUGGUUGUGAUGUGGGGCUGACUUUGUGCGGGUGUAGGUACAGCCGAGGUAGCUUUAUUUUUCCCAAGUCACAACCUUACCCUCACACUAGUUUUGGAGAAGAAGUGUUGUACUUGGAAGAUGUAUUGCCAAGUCAUGUUUGCUAUAGAAAAGCCAAUGUGAUGCCUUCUAAGUUGACUUGUCAUUCAUGGCACGUGUUCACUGCUAGUAAUAAAUCUGACAUGAUAAUACAAAUGUCUGAGCAGUCAUAUACUGUUGAAGUUUGCAUGACUGAGCUCGACCGAGUGCUGGCCAGGAAGUUUUUUAAGUGUCCUGACGACAAUAAAUUGGGUGAUAUGGCCGGAAAAGUGAUGACGGAGAUGACAGGUAUCGGAGAUAUCAAUCCGAAUGCUAUUUUGUGUGACUUUGGAUUUGAGCCAUGUGGGUAUUCGAUGAAUGGAGUUGAUAGUGAUCGGUACUCCACAAUUCACGUUACACCAGAGGAUGGGUUCAGCUAUGCGAGCUUUGAGUGCAUUGGGUCAGUUUACGACGGUCAUGAUGAUCUUGUUAAGGUGUUGAAGAAGGUGGCGCAAGUUUUUCGGCCAGGGACAAUGUCGGUUUCAUCUACCUGUGCUACCGGCCAUGAGGUGUGGACAUGUGUCACCAGCACGCUCGAGCCACUUGGAUUGAAAUGCCGAAGUUGCACGGUGGGUGAAUUCCCGGCCGCCGGGACCGUUGUGUUUCAAACGUUUACCACUCGCCAGAAGUAGAAGUAGUACACUAAGGCUUUGUUUGGUUGAAAGGUUUAGAAAGAGAU